AACAGUUACAGGUCAAUAAAUGUUUCGCAGCAACGCACAGUCAGCAUACCGCCAAGACGGUAGCGUCAAUGGGGGCAAACGACCUAAACAACGCAGUUCGUCUCCAGAAGCCCACCACGGAGAGGCCGUGCUGACAAGGAGAGAUGCCUCCUACUCAGCUUGCGUUUGGGCCAUGGGCAGUCUGGUUCUCCCUUCUCGAGGACGCAGAAACGGUUCUAACGGGGGUGGAGUGGCACCUCCCUCAAGCGAUGGUCUGGGAGAGCAAAGGGGUUGCUUUUGUGUGAAGCGUCGUGCAUUCGAAUCGCGCACCGUCUCCAUUCGUCUUGGCCGGUCACCUCAUUCCCCGUACUCAGUACGGACUACUCCGUAGUGCUUCUGCUUAUCAGCGACUACAUAUGCACUUUCGACGAAAACUGUCUGGUUAAGCGACGAUGUUUCUUGCGGGACGGGGGUUCUCCGCUGCCAAGUUUGCAUAUGUAUCUUCGAUCCAUCUGGCGGCCAGGAUCAGACGAGAUUCCCCUCGUCCCACCUGCUGGGUUCCCUUUCUGAGAACCCGCAGACAAGGACGACACGCUCCAUCAGCGGAUUAAGCGCAAAUAAGCUUCCUGUCCACUCAUGCACGGCAAACACUCUGGGAUCUUCGCAGAUUCGCGAUGUCUCCCAGACGGAUACGCCCUCCGUCACGUGUCAGUGGGCCAGGCAGGUCCUUAGUUUUCUUUGGGUUCUCAUGCUUGUCGUUAGCUAGUUUCAACCACGCUACAUAACUCGUUAACUACACAAGUGGGCGCUCGAAUGAUAACUACGCUUCCUGUGAUAACCUCAUACCCGAUCCAAGCUUCCGCGAUGCUAACCUGUCAAAACCGCUUCUUAUGGCAAACCCGCACGGGGCGUGCUAAGCCAUUUGCUGGUUCUUCCGCUGGUUUUUCCUCUUCCGCUUUGAACUACGGUUCAGGGGGUGGGUGAAGAGAUACCGAAACAAUGUUAUAUUAGUGCCAUAGCUAGCCCCCUAAGGGUUUACUCCGAUUCAUUUGACUUUCUAAGCGCAUCAA